AAUUAAUCUUUAUCGUGUAGUAAUAUAUUUUCCUUUCACAUUUAAUUUAUUGUUUUACUUGAAAAUCAGUCGACAUGGCUUUGUAUUUUCGGCGUUUAACGGCCGGUCCAACGAUACCCGACGUUCCGGCUCAAUGUCAGAAGUUUAAACCGACCGUCGAGGUUCCUGCCUUCCCUCUGCCGCCUUACAAUGACAAUUACCUGCCACUAGGAAUCGCUCUGAGGUCGAGAAAGUAUUGGAGAGUGGAGGCGGUAGGGCCGGUAGGAAGACCGGAGGGCGGAGAUGGCGCGAAGAAGGCGGGAGUGGGACAAGGGCCAGGCGCGUGCUCGUAUUCAUUGGGGGAUCGAAGGGUGGGAGAUCGGACGACGGAGAUAGAGAGGAAUAGGAAGGUGGAGGUGGUGAUUGCAGCGGGGGUGACGGUGGUGUUGGGAGUAGUGAAUCGAGUGCUAUAUAAGCUGGCUUUGGUACCUCUCAAGCAUUACCCAUUUUUUCUGGCUCAGCUCGCCACAUUCGGGUAUGUACUUGUAUACUUUUCUAUAUUGUAUCUCCGAUAUCAUGCUGGUAUAGUUACAGACGAGAUGCUUUCCGUGCCAAAAGCUCCAUUGCUUGCUGUUGGCCUUUUGGAGGCUCUUGCCGCUGCGACUGGAAUGGCAGCUGGAGCAAUUCUAUCUGGGGCUUCUAUUCCAAUUUUAUCUCAGACAUCUCUUGUGUGGCAAAUUUUCAUGUCCAUGAUCUUUCUUGGGAGGAGAUAUAGAGUAAAUCAACUACUUGGAUGCUUUCUCGUAGCUGUUGGUGUAAUUAUAACCGUAGCAAGUGGGUCCAGCAGUGGUUAUUCAUUGAAGGAAGCUAGCAUAUUUUGGAGUUUAUUGAUGAUAUUUUCGUUUUUAUUGCAAGCAGCUGAUACUGUUCUGAAGGAAGUAAUCUUUUUGGAUGCUGCAAAGCGAUUAAAGUGUGGUUCAGUAGAUCUAUUUGUUGUAAAUUCCUAUGGAUCUGCAUUUCAAGCACUGUUCAUUUUCCUACUUCUACCCUUUUUAUCAAAACUUUGGGGCAUCCCAUUUAGCCAGCUUCCAAACUAUCUUAAAGAUGGUGCAGCUUGCUUCUUGAACAUCAGUGGCACUUUAUCCAGUGUAGGAUGUGAUGGUGCACCACUACUUCCCUUGCUAUUUGUUAUUGUCAACAUGGGUUUCAACAUAUCAUUGCUACAUCUUCUCAAAAUCUCUUCUGGUGUGGUUUCUUCACUUGCAUCCACUUUUUCUGUGCCUAUUUCAGUCUAUGUGUUCACAUUGCCGCUGCCGUAUCUCGGUGUAGCGUCAUCGCUUCCAACUGGUUUUGUAGCAGGAGCAAUCAUCCUGGUCUUGGGGUUGCUUAUUUAUGCCUGGUCACCGUCUGGUUCAACCACGGUGUUGCCCUCACCCUCUAGAUAGAAUGUGAUAAUUUACCCAUCGUUUAUCACCAAUUGCCAUUUCUUCAAGAACAAAAUGAAAUCAAUAACAUGGUAUCAUAUUAAGUAAAAGCAGAGCAAGGGUGGCCCUGCAAUUGAGUGCAUUAGGG